AUGUCAGGCGACAGAAGAUUCUUGCCAUUCGACGAACAAGACUUGAACACACCCGUGUUCAUAGGUCGUGUCCGCAGCCGAGUUCUAGAGGCUUUUGCGCGCCUCACUGGCAUAGAAGAUUAUCAUGGUCACUCAGACCGUGAUGAUCAACGAAGAGGGCGUGAAGUCGGGCAAAAACAGAGUGUUUCGUCAAGUUUUGAAGAACACGACCAAAACAAGUCUGUGUUCCCUGGAGGUGUUAUGGUUUUUCUCGCAGACGGCAAAACAAAGCACACUUGGGAUAAAACACGGCCAGAGGACACGUACGUGUUCGUGAUCGUGUUCGAGCUGAUUUCUGCAGACUUUAUGCAGACUAUAAAGUCUGCAGUAGAAGGAAGAAGAAGCAGUUUGGUAGAUUUUUAG